AUGCCGGGCUCCUCGCGCAUGCCCAUCAGCCUGAGGGAGAGCUUCGACAGCAUCAAGAAGAGCCGGCCCAGUGACCCCUUCGCCCUGGUGAACUUGGACUUACUCCGAAAUGUCGUCUUCUUCUUCUUCGUCGUCCGCGUCCUCCGGCGCACCUACUGGAAGCUCAAGGGCCGCGGCCUGAUCGGCACCGCCGUCGAGCUCUACACAGACAUCCGCCGCGUGCUCUACGGCUACUUCCUGCGCGCCCCCGGCGUGCGCACCCAGGUGCGGAAGCAGGUCAACGAUGCCCUGACCAAGAUGUCGGGCAAGAUCGUGCCCACGGGCGGCGCCCGCUACCUCUCGCUCCCCAAGGAGCCCUGGACCGACGACGCCGUGCGCUCCGAGCUCGAGACCCUGGCCAACAUGGACCACACCCGCUGGGAGGACGGCUUCGUCUCGGGCGCCGUCUACCACGGCGAGGACGAGCUGCUGAAGCUGCAGACCGAGGCCUACGGCAAGUUCACCGUCGCCAACCCCAUCCACCCGGACGUCUUCCCCGGCGUGCGCAAGAUGGAGGCCGAGGUCGUGGCCAUGGUGCUGUCCAUGUUCAACGGCCCGCCCACCGCCGCCGGCGUGUCGACGAGCGGAGGCACCGAGAGUAUCCUCAUGGCCUGCCUGAGCGCCAGGAAUAAGGCCUACGUGGAGAGGGGUGUCACGGAACCCGAGAUGAUUCUCCCCGAGACAGCACACACGGCCUUCCGCAAGGCAGGCGAAUACUUCAAGAUCAAGGUGCAUCUGGUUGCGUGCCCAGCGCCCUCCCACCAGGUCGACGUGCGCCGGGUGGCCCGCCUCAUCAACACCAACACCGUGCUCCUGGUCGGCUCUGCGCCCAACUUCCCCCACGGUAUCAUAGACGACAUCUCGGCGCUGUCCAAGCUCGCCCUGCGCCGCCGCAUCCCGCUGCACGUCGACUGCUGUCUGGGCUCCUUCCUGGUCCCCUUCCUCGAGAAGGCCGGCUUCGAGACCGAGCUCUUCGACUUCCGCCUCAAGGGCGUGACCUCCAUCUCCUGCGACACCCACAAGUACGGCUUCGCCCCCAAGGGCAACUCGACCGUCCUCUACCGCACGCAGGAGCUGCGGACGUACCAGUACUUCGUGUCGCCCGACUGGAGCGGCGGCGUCUACGCCUCCCCCGGCAUUGCCGGGUCCCGCCCCGGCGCCCUCAUCGCCGGCUGCUGGGCCAGCAUGAUGCGCGUGGGCGAGCCGGGCUACAUCGACUCGUGCGUGCAGAUCGUCGGGUGCGCCAAGAAGAUCGCGGAGCACAUCGCGUCGGCGCCGCCGCUGUCGGCGGAGCUGCAGAUCAUCGGGCGGCCCCUGGUCUCGGUCGUGGCCUUCACGGCGCUCAACCUCAACAUCUACGACAUCGCCGACGGCAUGUCCUCCAAGGGCUGGCACCUCAACGCCCUGCAGAACCCGCCCGCCAUCCACGUCGCCGUCACCAUGCCCAUCACCCGCGUCUGGGAGCGCCUCGUCGCCGACCUCGAGGCCGUCGUCGAGGCCGAGCGCGAGAAGGAGCGCGUCCUCGCCGUCGAGGGCAAGAAGACCCGCGGCCAGGCCAUGGGCGACUCGGCCGCCCUCUACGGCGUCGCCGGCAGCCUGCCCAACAAGAAGAUCGUCGUCGACCUCGCCAACGGCUUCCUGGACCUGCUCUACAAGGCCUAA